AAGUUACCCUAUGAUUUCUUUUGUGAUCACUUAGUUCAUCCUCAUAGGUAUGUCUAGGCCUGAUAAAUUCUCUGAUAGAAAGAGAUGUGAGGUUUUUACGAGGCCGGCAUACGUAUGUAAACCGUCCUCUAUGGUUAAGAUUCAAGAGAUAUUCAAGAGAUUUACUAUCCCAUUCAGUAAUAAAAUACAAUAGGAACAACCAUGGCAGACCAAGGUUUUCCGGGUCAGCAUACUACAACAACAACCAUGACUGCAACGAGUACAACUGUGCAGACAGACAUCCGUUAUGAUCCUCUGUACCUUCGAACAUUGCCGGGGAUGCUGAAAGUUGCCCAAGUUGCCCUAAAUUUCCUUGGGUUCAUGACAAUUGCGAUAUCAGGCACUGCAGUCUACUCUCAAGCCAGCUUCUUUGACUCAAUCGCAGGUUUUGCGUUCUGGUUCAGUGGGAUAUUACUGGCCUUCUAUCUGUUUCACAUAGUUGAAAAGUUCUUCAACAUUCCAUGGCUCAAAAUAGAGCUUGGGUUCUGUGCUUUAUGGACAGUGUUCUACCUGAUUGCCUCUACCAUGGUCGCCGGCCUCAUGAGCGUUUCUGCAGCAUUGGGAGUCGCAGCGUUUUUCGGAUUCUGCGCCAUGGUGUGCUACGGCUAUGAUGCAUGGUUGAAGUACCAAGGAGUGGUAAGUGGGGACUUGGCACAAGGCGAGCGUCACGUCCAGAAGACAACCAGCACUGUCACCUCACCUGCGUACUAGAGUGACCAACCUCACAACUGAAAAGUACCCAGCAUCAUAACACAUUUCCUACUCAUCAUUGUCCAACAACAUAAGAAUAAGGAAUCUAGACCAAUACUGGUCGAAAAACGGGCGUAUGGUUGAGUUUAUGUGGUUGCACUAAUCCGCUGAUUUAGUUGUAAUGUUUGUUUAACAUAACUACAGUAUAUUUCCAAUUAAUUAUGUAUAGAAGUGGGGAUUACCAUUUCCUACGUUGUACGAUAAUUUGUCAAAUCAAAUGACUGUGUGGCCUUUAUGAUUUCUUAUCUACUUAAUGGUUAUGUCACUUUUUUUAGUAUUUGCUAUUUUCUGACAAUAUAGGUAAGUUAACAGGAAAUGAUUUACUCCCAACAUGGUACGUUUUCUAAGUAUAACAGUUUAAAAGGCCAUUAAGUUGGCAGA